AUGAACUCAUUUAGAAGAGAAGAGUUACUUGGAAAGGGAGAGAAGCUGUCAUUUACAUACUUGCUUCUUAGGCUGUUUGUCAUUGGGAUUGGCUUCUACCGGAAGAACCUCAUUGGGAGCACGAUGACCAUAAUCAGGCCGAUGUGCUUGUCGCUUUCCCUUACAAACAUCUACAUGUUCAUUUACCUUGAAAAUGCAAUAUCGCGAAAGAACCUUGAGCAAUGCAAGGCAUAUUGGUUUAUUAUUGUGAUGGCGUCUCUGGAGGCGUCUGUGGUUGUGGAGACUAUUUUCAAGUUUGGAGAAAAGGACUUGGAAACCAUACUUUUUUCUAUUGUGUAUCUGGGACUUUGCCUUUGCGAAUUCACCAACAUUCAUUCUAUAUGCAGGGAGUUUGGGGACAUGUUUGAACUGUUUUACUUCAGGCAUGGAGGAGCAAGUACCAAGAUGAAAAUUGCAUAUAAAACAAGGGCCCGAUAUGAUGCAGCAAAGUUUCUGAUGAUUUUGGCGACUAUCCAGGGGGUGUAUCUUCAGAUAGAGGGGUUGAAGCACUGUGUUGACGACAGUGUGGGGAUAGCCCAUAUAAUAGUCGACCACCUAAUUGAGGUCAUCACGCUUUUCCUGAUGCUUGUCCGGCAGAACGAGGAAGACGAGGAGCAGAGAAUGGCUCUAAUCAUGACGGUUGUGAUAAACAUUAUAUAUUCGAUGCACUUAAUUGACAAAUAUAGUAGCAACAAAAAGAUAUGCUACGACUUGAAAAGGUUUUUUAUUAUCAGAAACUACUUUGAAGCAGCAAUCAACAUUGUUUUCUUGUACUACUCGAUCAUGGACUACAGAUACUUUGGAUUUGGCCUCAAGGAGGUGUUUUUCCCUACAAAUAGAAGAAGAAGGCCGUUGAGCAUGAGGAUUUAA